ACCUAUAAAACUAGGAGGGUUUGUUUUUUUCCUUCCACUGAGCAUGUGAAGAGUGCAAUAAGGCCUCCCUGGGCAGGGCAGGAGGGCCUUGGUCCUGAGGGGCGGAGAGCGAACGAGGAGGCGGAAGGCGGCGGAGGAGCAGCCAUGGCGGCGUCGGCUUCAACUGCGACCGCGGCGACGGGGGCGUCGGGGCCUUCGUUGUGGUGCUGCCUGCGUUGGGCGUGCUGCGGGGAGGGAGGCAGCGGCCACAUCCCCCUGAAGGAGAUGCCCUCCGUCCUCCUGGACACCCAGCGCAUGGGCACAGAUGUUGUCAUUGUGAAAAAUGGACGACGAGUAUGUGGUACAGGAGGCUGCUUAGCCAAUGCCCCUUUGCAUCAGAACAAGAGUUACUUUGAGUUUAAAAUCCAGUCUACAGGAAUCUGGGGCAUUGGAGUUGCAACUCAUAAGGUCAACCUGAAUCAGAUCCCCCUUGGGCGUGAUGUGAAUAGUCUAGUACUGAGACAUGAUGGUUCUCUUUACUACAACAAUGAAGAAAAGAAUAGGUUGCCAGCAAACAAUCUUCCACAGGAGGGUGAUGUUGUGGGAAUUACAUAUGACCACGUAGAACUGAAUGUUUAUUUAAAUGGAAAAAAUAUGCACUGUCCAGCAUCAGGUAUCAGAGGAACUGUCUUCCCUGUGGUAUAUGUUGAUGACAGUGCCAUUCUGGAUUGCCAGUUCAGUGACUUUUAUCAUACACCUCCAGCAGGGUUUGAAAAAAUACUGUUUGAACAACAGAUUUUCUGAAUGAUUCUACUGAGAAGUUAUUCACUAGUACUUUACUAAAUGUCUCCUCUCAAAGCUUCACAUUAUUCCCAUAAUACAAACCUAUACAUACAAGUGUAUGUUUUAGAAGAAAACACAUUACCAAGCGUGUUCCAAAUGUUAGAUUUAACUAUUGUUUUGUGAUGUGGACAAUACUUGUAUUUGAUGUAAAGGGAUACAGCUGACAGUAUUAAGUGACCCCAGGCUCUAAUGUUAUACUGUAUAAUAGUUCUAUACAUAUUGGUAUAUUUCAACAACUGUAAGCUCUGUUGGUUGUUCCAACUUUGCUGCUAUUCAGAGAUACUACUCAAAGUUUUCAUGGAUUACAAAGAUCUCAAAUAGCAAAUCACAAUUUCAAUAUUGGUAGCUGUUUUCCGUUUUUAAAAUUUUUGCAAUUCCUGUUUAAAAUUCAAUGCUGAGAGCACUUGCGUUAAAAUCGGGAUACACUGUUGACUGUAAAAAGAAAAGUCAACCCUAGCUGAAAAUGGUUGCUAUGAUAUAUGUUUACUUUUGAGCGCUGAUGAGUUCUUAGGGACAUAUUGGCCUGUUACAGACUGCACAAAUAAAGCUGCAUCUGGUCUCUUUGGAGGCAUGCUGUUUAAAUGAUGCCUGCAUCCUAAGAAUCCGGAAGCUGCACCAAAGCUGCACUCCAGUGCUUAGG